UGCUCAUACCUACAGGCAGCAAUGCACACGAACCGGGCUCCUGCCACCAGCGUCAGCGCGGACACCAACGUCCCAGCCGGACUGCGCCUGGGUCCAGUGGUGGGCAUCUUCAAACUGGGGAAGUACCUGACAGACCGCAGAGAACCUGGACCCAAAAAAAAGGUGCGGUUCGUGAGAGGAGAAUUGGUGGAUGAAGCAGGGGGUCCAGCCUCGGAGUGGAUAGGGUUAAUUCGUGCGGCCAGAAAUAGCCAAGAACAAAACUUGGAAGCCAUCUCUGAUGUACCGGGAGGACAGAUUUACUACAGGACAAUGAGAGAGAUCCAGGCAGGAGAGGAGCUCACAGCUUGGUACUCCAACUCUCUGGCUCAGUGCUUUGACAUCUCCACUACAGCUACCCCAACACACGACGAGAAAGGGGAAGAAAGAUACAUUUGCUGGUAUUGUUGGAGGACAUUUAAGUUUCCAAACACCUUAAAGGCCCACAUCCAUUUUCACUGUGCGGUGAAUAAUGGAAGAGGAUUUCUUGGGAACGACCACAUCAGAGGUUCGGACAUUUUCAGUGCUUCUCCCAAGGCGGCUGAUGGAGUCCCCAAUCCCACCCCAUCACUGAGAGGGAACCAUCAGCAGAACAACGGCAGAGACUCUAUUAAGAGGGAAUCCUCCUUGUCCCCAGCUUUGAGUAAGCUUGGGGUCAUCAAGAAGGCACUUGGCAAAGAGGAGCAGGACAGAGCUCUAGACAUGACCGUGAGCUCUGCCAGGAAUCACGGACAGUUUCUAGGUGUGGUGGCCAACCCAUGUGGUGCCAAUGGCGUUACCUUUUAUCCAGGCUUAAGGUCGGCUUUCAAACCAGCUGGACUAUCCAAAGUACCUCAUGCUGACUCUGCUAGAGAAGACACAAAAUCUAGCAGCACUGGCUUUGGUAAACUUUUAGGAGGCAUCAAGCCAAGCCGUUCAAAUGAAGGUCUAGUUAACAAUCACCACUCCAAGUACCUGCACCCAGGUGAUGGCUCCUCCAGUGUCCUGUCUUGUAGCACUGGCCUGAGGGGCUUUCCUAUCCUGUCCCACCUGGAGGAAACGUCAGCUUUCAAACACGUUGAACGAGGCAUUCAUAGCAAUUUGUCACCCAGCAGUCGCUACAACCAGAUGACACAGCCAGGACUACACUUCUCAGAACGGUUCUCCAUCCCACAGUUUGAAGGCAUCAAGUCCUACUCAGCAGAAUGUAACAUUCCAGUCAUGCCUUUCACAGUGUACAAUGGGGAACUUCUCUACAGCACACCCUAUUAUCCCUUUAAAUUCCAUUUCAGCAACCUUAUCAAAUACCCCGAGUCCGUGUCUUAUUUUAAUGCUGGACCAGCCUUGAACCCAGAGCUGGGCGCUCUCACCACCAGCAUAGACCGUGAGAUAGCCAUGCAUAAUCAUCAGCUCUCUGAAAUAGCAGCAGAAAAAAGUAGAGCUGGUAGACUUGAAAGCCUAGCUGGGGCCACAGUCUCUGGGACUGGGAAGCCCAAAAAGGGACACCUAUGCCUCUACUGUGGCAAGCUGUACUCUCGUAAAUAUGGCCUGAAGAUCCACAUGAGGACUCACACUGGCUACAAGCCCCUCAAAUGUAAGGUGUGUCUCAGGCCCUUUGGGGACCCCAGUAACCUGAACAAGCACAUUCGCCUGCAUGCUGAGGGGAACACACCUUACCGCUGUGAGCACUGUGGCAAGGUGCUGGUGAGAAGAAGGGAUCUGGAAAGACACGUCAAAUCAAGGCACCCUGGCCAAAGCCUGAGCACCAAGGAAGACAUACACAGUGACCCUUCCUAUCCACAAGCAGACACCAAGAGUGAGGACAAUGACAGUGACGUGGACGUAUGUUUCACGGAUGAGCAAAGUGACCAGGAGACUGGGACUAGCAAGGGGCACUGAGCCACUAAAGUACAUAGCACAACGUUAUAUCAUUAAAUCUAAUUAUAUAUAAUUAUAUGCAGAUGUAUUAUACGUAU